AAAAUUAUUUUAUCGUAUGUAUUUUUUCUAAAUGGAGCCACCCUCGACAAAAUCCUGACUAUAGGUAGCGAGCUCCCACACGGCACUUUUGACUAUUUCUUUAGCAUGCUUUUGCCAUUUUUGUGAAAUACAUAUUCCUCCUAUCUUGAGAAAAGGAGAUAUCUUUCUUUCAGUGUUCUACCAAGUUUCACAAAUUGAGCACGAAUUCCUCACCUGGUAUGGAAUCUAAGGAAGUAUGUCAGCAUCUGGUGGCGAUGCCGUUCCCAGGGAGAGGGCACAUCAAUCCGAUGAUGAACCUCUGCAAGUUGCUAGCUUCAAGAAGGCGAAGCGAUCUUCUUAUCACCUUUGUGAUCACAGAGGAGUGGCUUGGCUACAUAGGGUCAGAGCCAAAGCCUGAGAUAGUUCAGUUUAGAACCAUAGCUAACGUCAUUCCACCAGAGCGCCUGAAAGCUGUUGACUUUCCUGGGUUCUAUGAAGCUGUGAUGACAGAGAUGGAAUCCCCAUUCAAACAGCUCCUGGAUCAGCUUCAACCUCCGGCGACUGCAAUCAUCGGUGACAUUGAAGUCAGAUGGGCUAUGGGAGUGGGCAACCGCAGGAAUAUUCCAGUGGCAGCUUUCUGGACGAUGUCAGCUUCCUUCUUUUCCAUGUUGUAUCAUCUGGAUAUUGCUGCAAAAAGCCAGAGUUCACCGCCAAAGGAUCUGUUAGAAAAAGUGGAUUCGAUUAUUGGUAUUUCGAAUUCAAGAGUUCCUGAACUGAGAACACUCUUCCAGAAGAAUGAUCUGAGAGUGCUUGAACUUGCCUUGGAGUGCAUUGCCCAGGUGCCAAAAGCACAGUAUCUUCUCUUCACGACCUUAUAUGAGCUCGAAAUCCAAGCCAUAGAUUCCUUGAAACAAACUUUCACAUUUCCGGUCUACCCAAUCGGCCCAGCCAUUCCUUACUUGGAACUACAACAGAAUUCCUCCAGAGCUGACUACAUGGAGUGGCUUGAUAACCAGCCAAAAGGCUCUGUACUAUAUAUCUCAUUGGGGAGUUUCCUCUCAGUUUCAAGCACCCAAAUGGAGGAAAUUCUCGCAGGUCUCGAAGCUGCUAGCAUUCGGUACCUGUGGAUAGCUCGUGCAGAAGCUUUGAGGCUGAACCAGAGUGGUGGCUGUAAGAAGGGGAUGGUUUUGCCGUGGUGUGAUCAGUUGAAGGUGUUGAGCCAUUCUUCAGUAGGUGGGUUUUGGAGUCAUUGCGGGUGGAAUUCGACCCUGGAAGCAUCUUUUGCAGGGGUUCCCAUGUUGACAUUCCCUCUUUUUCUGGAUCAAGAUGCCAACAGCAAGCAGAUUGCUGAAGAGUGGCGGACUGGGUGCAAGAUCGAUAUACACCUAAAGCAAGAAACCGAGAUAACUAGAGAAGAGGUUGCUCAAAUUGUUGGGAAGUUCAUGGACAGUGAAAGCGAAGAAGGCCAACAAAUGAGGAAGAGAGCAAGAGAGCUUGGAGAUAUAUACAACGCAGCCGUUGCAGAAGGCGGAUCGUCAGUAACCAACCUUGAUGCAUUUAUUGAUGGCAUUUCACAACCAGUGUAGCUCGUCUUCCCGCUUCAAUGCUUCCAAGUACGUGAUGUCCUAAAUCAAUACAGAAUCCCGGCAACAUGCAUCCUUUCGAUUCUUUUUGUAACUAUUCUUCAGUUCUUUGCCGUUUUAGUUAAAGGUGAACACCGUGAGGCGUUAGAAUGAACCGAUGCUGGAAAUGCACGAACUGCAAAUCAGAGCAAAAUGGCAACGUAAGUGAUAAACGUCUGAGAUUGCCGCUUAUCUAUGAAAUCAUGGCACAUUAACACAUAACGCAUAACCAAGAGGAAUUUUUCCAACUAUGCUUUCUCAGGGACAUUUCAUCGAGCACGUGUUAGGCAUAGUCUUCUGUGAGGAAUCAAUACACAAUUUAAACGCAC